CUAUGUAGCGAGAUAACAAGGCUGUGCUGUGUAAAGACCAGAAGGCAGCCAGGCACGCGGGACAAUCUCAUUGAUACUGCACACUCUCUGACCUGAAGGACACUUUCUUGGGAGCAUCCCACUGCCCAGCGCCUCCAGGGUGAGCUAGCCCCUAUCCGCAGAGGCUGGGCUAGCCUCACCGUCAUCACCUUGCUUAAGCAGCUCGGGGAACGGAUCCCCGUCCCUGGGAGGCGGGGCCGCGAGCUGGGGCUCCGCCUCCGACCAGGCGUCCUGGCUCUAUGAACUCAUGGAGGCGGUGGGGGCGGGCCUUCUCGCUCAUUUCUUACGCUGAUCGGCGGAAGUGCGGAGAUCGGAAGUUGCGCGAUAGGUUUGCGACGACCCGGUGCGACGCUGGGUGGGUACAGGCGUGCUCGGUGCUGGUAUGGCUUCCAGCGGAGUGACGGUGAGCGCCGCUGGGUCGGCCAGCGAGGCCUCCGAGGUUCCAGACAACGUGGGAGACUGGCUCCGCGGUGUCUUCCGCUUCGCCACCGAUCGGAACGACUUCCGGAGGAACUUGAUCCUCAACUUGGGACUCUUUGCUGCGGGAGUCUGGCUGGCCAGGAACUUGAGUGACAUUGAUUUGAUGGCCCCUCAGCCAGGGGUGUAGCCAGGUAAGACUUCACUUUCCCCUGCCUAUUUCAGGAGUCCUAAAAGAUGAAGACAGCAGUAUGUUCUGUCAGCUAGUCACAGAAGUAGGGAAGAUUCUUGGGGUAAAGCCUCGCUUGCCCUGGGGUUUCUAGGUGAGAGCAGUUCUCCUGUGUUUCCCCGUUUCUGAUGCUGUUAUCUGCUUACAGAGAAUGGAACUCCUGUGUAUUCAGACUUUCCAAAGACAGCCUACUGUCUGUGACCACAAGAUCCUACCUGAGUGGCAGCUGACGUUGACUCCUUCUCCUUGCCUGAACCUCCCCCCACCCACUGUUCACCCCCCCCACCCCCGGCAGCCCCCAGUGUCGGCUGAGAUGUUGCCUCUGCACGGUUCUGUGUGCGGUUCCCAACUUUGUGCAGAAGAGGGUCCUUGCCCUUGUCCUGAAGAGUAGUAAUGGUUCUUGAAAAAGAUUUCAAAUAAAGCCUGCACAUGAA